CAGGGGGGUCCCGGCGGUCCCAGAGUAGCCCUGUCCCCGGUGAACAUGGCGGCUCGGGCCCACGGUGCCGGUCCCCGCAGGCGAUGGGGGCGUCCGAGCCCCCCAACUUCUCGUGGGUCGCGGAGGGGCGGCUGGCAGGGCUGGCCAUGCCGCGGGAGCCGGGCCACUACCGCUUCCUGCGGGGCCAGGGCGUGCGGCACCUGGUGUCGCUGUCGGAGCGGGCACCACCGCACCACGGCUGCUGCCCCGACCUCCAGCUCCACCGGCUCCGCAUCCCCGACUUCACCCCCCCGACGCCCCAGCAGAUCCAGAGCUUCCUGCAGCUGGUGGAGGAGGCCAAUGCCCGCGGCGAGGCCGUGGCAGUGCACUGUAUGCUGGGGCACGGCCGGACGGGCACCAUGCUGGCCUGCUACCUGGCGAAGGCACGGGAGAUGAGUGGCGACGCCGCCAUCCAGGAGAUCAGGCGGCUGCGGCCUGGCUCCAUCGAGACGCGGGAGCAGGAGGAAGCCGUGAUCCAGUUCUGCCAACGGCUUCGUGCCGGAGAGGAGGACAGCAAGGAGCCAUGAGCAUGACCAGCUCCCUGGGGCAGCCUGUGAUGGAUGGGUUCAAUGGAGACUGUUACCCCGAGGUGCUGCUGUCUGUCCCCUCCUGCAUUAAAGGACUCUCCUGUGG